GGAGAUGUCAGAAAAAUUCGAAAUAAAGUGCGUUCGAUCCUACCAGUCGACUAGGUCGAUAUCAAGUUUGACAUUUGACAUCUGUCAAAUUUUUUAUUUUUUUUUAAUUUUUGGAAUUUUUCAAAAUUAUGUCUUAUUAGAAUGUAAAUAAAGCAAUAUAUAUGUAAAUCAGCCCUAAGAAGAUUAUUUGCAGUGAAAAAUCAUGUCGCUGUCAUUACGUAUCAACAUUGUCGACAGCAACGUCACAAAAACAAUCGUUUUCAACCCUUCUACGACUGUACACGACGCCUGCCGAAUCAUCAGGGAAAAAUGCACCGAAGCGCAAGGACAACCCAAAGACUACGGCCUUUUCCUCACCGACGAAGACAACACUACGGGCGUUUGGCUGGAGCAAGCGAGAAACCUCGAGUACUACAUAUUGAAAAACGGCGACACAAUUGAGUACCGCAAAAAGUUGCGCACCUUGCGCGUAAAAAUGCUCGACGGUUCCGUGAAAACGAUGCUGGUCGACGACUCGCAAAUCGUCGCCAACAUGAUGGUUGUUAUCUGUACGAAACUUGGCAUCACCAACCAUGACGAGUACUCGCUGGUACUCGAAGACUACGAAAACCAAGAGAACCUCAACAACUAUGGUACUUUGACCUUGAAACGGCGCAAAGAGGAACGCGACCGUGACGUCAAAAUGGAACAGUUGAAAAGAAAAUUGCACACCGACGACGAGGUCAACUGGCUGGAUCCGUCAAAAACACUGAGAGAGCAAGGCAUUGCCGAAAACGACACCGUGUUGCUGCGCAGGAAGUUCUUCUUUUCGGAUCAAAAUAUCGACUCUAGGGACCCGGUGCAGCUGAAUUUGCUCUACGUGCAAGCGCGCGACGCCAUUUUGAACGGAACGCACCCGAUAACGCAGGAAAAGGCGUGCGAGUUUGCCGGAAUCCAGUGCCAGAUCCAGUUCGGGGAUUAUUUGGAGAGCAAACACAAACCUGGAUUUUUAGACCUGAAAGAAUUCUUGCCGCAAUCGUACACGAAAAUCAAGGCUAUCGAAAAGAAGGUUUUCCAGGAACACAAAAAAUGCCUCGGCCUCAACGAACUCGAAGCUAAAGUCAAGUACACGAAAACCGCUCGCUCUUUACCGACUUAUGGAGUGACAUUUUUCCUUGUCAAAGAGAAAAUGAAAGGGAAAAAUAAGUUGGUACCGCGCCUUUUGGGUGUUACAAAAGACUCAGUAUUGAGGCUCGAUGAAAAAACCAAAGACAUUAUACAAACUUGGUUGCUGACAACUGUCCGAAGAUGGGGUGCCUCACCUAAUACAUUUACACUAGACUUUGGCGAUUAUUCGGAUCAGUACUACUCGGUACAAACCACUGAAGCUGAGCAAAUUCAGCAAAUCAUUGCCGGUUAUAUUGAUAUUAUUUUGAAAAAGAAACAAGCAAAAGACCAUUUUGGUAUUGACGGAGAUGAAGGCUCUACGAUGUUUGAAGAAAGUGUAGCACCACAUAAAGCCUCCAUUAUUCAACAUGAAAGUAGUACCAUUGGAAAGUUGGACGUACACUCGGUUGCCAAACCGGCCAUUUUACGCGGAGGAGAUUCAGGUUGGUUGCCUAUAGAGGAUUUCAAGCGUUUGACCGGCCAAAAGCAAAUUCAUAUGGGCGCCAUGGAAAGUCCCAAAAUGUCAACUGUCAGUGGUCAAGCUAAUUUGACCCACACUCCUCCUAUAACGUCGUAUAGAGAAACCAAAAUCCACCAGUUAAUGUCCGAACCUCAGCGUGCAUUGAUUUCCACAAUAGAAGCAGCUCAUACCAAAAUCAAAGAGUCUGAGAUCGAGCUGGAAACCAGGGCUCAUUAUCCGGAAAUCGGAACGGAUGCGGCAGCAAAAAAAUGGAAGCAAGUCACUUUGGAUACGAGCAAACAAAAUGUCGGCAGCAAAAUUGCCGCCAUGAACGCGGCCACUGCACAAGUUGUGACGUUGACAUUGACACAAGACGAAGUGGAUCAUCACGCGGUAGGUGCGGCCAUUACAACUAUAGGCAGCAACUUGCCUGAAAUGACUAAAGAAGUCAAAAAAAUUAUCGCUUUUACCGAGGAUCAAAAUAUGGGAGACAAACUUUUAGAUGCUACAAGGCAUUUGUGUAAAGCUUUCAGCGAUUUGCUCAGAGCCGCCGAGCCGGAAAGCAAAGAGCCCAGGCAAAGUCUUCUGAGCGCCGCUUCGAGAGUGGGCGAGGCCAGCACUCAAGUCCUAGCCACAAUCGGCGAAGACACGGCGGAAAACAAAGAACUUCAAGACCUUUUAAUGUCGCUAGCGAAAAUCGUAGCGAACACCACAGCCGCUCUGGUGCUCAAAGCGAAAAACAUCGCAUCGACUUGCGAAGAUCAGCAGACUCAAAACCGAGUCAUAGGAGCUGCGACUCAGUGCGCUCUGGCAACGUCGCAACUUGUCGCCUGCGCCAAAGUAGUCGCGCCAACAAUUCAGUCGCCCGCCUGUCAAGAACAACUAACUGGAGCGGUGCGCGAGGUUGCCAAAGCUGUCGAAAAUUUAGUAGGAAUCUGUAACGAGGCAAGACCAAAUGACGAAUUGAAUGAUCAAUUGAAACAGGCCGCAGCUGAAGUUACACGCUCUUUAAAUGAUCUUUUGAAUCACAUAAAGUCAGCGUCGACUCGUCGGGUCAAAGAAUCAAUACAAGAACAAAGCGUUGAAGAAAUCACAAUAGCAACUGAUAAAAUCCAAGCGGCCUCGGGGGACGCCAAUGAAAUGGUCAGACAAGCGCGCCGACUUGGCAACGCCACAGCCCAACUUAUCCAAAGUAUUAAAGGCGAAGCCGAAAAACUACCGCGCGACACCGAAAUCCAACGCCGCCUAUUGGCAGCUGCCAAAACUUUAGCGGACGCCACUGCCAAAAUGGUCGAAGCGGCGCGCCGCUGCACCGAGUGUCCUAGUGACACGACCUGUCAAGAUCUUCUGAGACGAACCGCCGAAAAUCUCAGAGACGUCACAAUGGUUGCCGCUACUACUCCGGCUCUGAGAGCAAAAUUAGUGGACCGAGUGCAGGUUUGUGCUCAGAAAGCGAUUUCGUCGGCGACUCAGUGCAUAACCGCCGCUCAGGCGAGUCACGAGUUCAAUUCGAAUCCCGCGACUCGCGAGGCUCUGAGUCAAGACACUCGCGAAAUGUCGGAUCAGAUUCCGGCUUUGGUCGAGUCCAUUAAGGCUAACGGCUCAGUGCCGGACGAUGCAAAUGCUCAGAGCGAGCUCAUGUAUGUCGCUGAGGUGUUUCUACAUCCUGCCACUCAUUUCGUGCAAACGUCAAGGACUGUGUUGCCUACUUUGACAGAUCAAACGAUGACGGAGCAGCUGUCAUUUACCAGUUAUCAGUUGAGCUCGGAUUUGAGCGAGUUGCGCAGCGCCAUCUGCAGGGCGAAGCCCGCUUGUCAAGGUUUAGGCCUAGAAGGCCCCUCCCAACUAAUUGAGGCCCUUCAAGAAGAACUUCAAGAAUUCGAAAAGGCCGUGGACGCGCACCGCUUGCGCCCCCUACCGGGAGACUCGAGCGAAAAGGGCGUCUUACAACUAAUCGCCAGCUCGAAACUCGUCAAUCAGGGCGUGGCUCAGCUUCUGAGCGCUACUGCGCAAGGCAACGAGCUGUACAAUGCUCAGGCGGCCCGCGACACUGCGCACAGUCUCAGAAAUUUCACCGGAGCUUUACGUUGCAUUGCAGCGACAAGCGAUAAUCCUGAGCUUCAGCGCAAAAUCAUUUAUAGCGGCCAAGAAGUGCUGGCGCAUGCUCAGAAACUCCUAGAGGAGUCUUAUAGGAGUUUGCACUCGGUGGAUCUGAGUCCGAUUUUGCAAAAGGCCGCUAAAAAUGUCAGCGUUUCUUUGCAAAAGACUAUCGGGUGUUUGCCUGGACAAAAAGAUGUCGAUGCGGCCAUUACAAAUAUUAUUGAAUGGAGCUCUGCAUUGGACAGUGGCGAAUUCCCGAGCACAAACAAAUCUUAUGGGGAAUUGCAGCAAGAGCUGGCAACAGCGGCCGCGAAUUUGGAUCAAGCCAGUGCCGGAGUGGUGCACUCGGUCCAAAACCCCGUCCAAUUGGCUUCCAGUUCCAAAGACUUUUCCUUGGCCUUCCACGAUUUGUUGCAAAUCUCCAUGGAAAUGGCGGGCGAAACAAAUGAAACUCAAACCCGCCACCAAAUGUUGAGCUCCUUGAAAACAAUGUCGACGUCAUCAAGCGCUUUGUUGACCACAGCCAAAUCGCUCAGUGCCGAUCCGACGUUGCCAAAUGGAAAAAACCAGCUGGCAACAGCGGCCCGAGCUGUCACUGACAGUAUCAAUCAUUUGGUCAAUGUGUGCACGUCUGCCGCGCCCGGUCAAAUUGAAUGUGACAACGCUGUCAGGAAAAUUCAGGCCUUGAGGUAUUUGCUGGAAAAGCCUUCUGAGCCCAUAAGCGAUUUUUCCUAUUACGAAUCACUGGAUUCUGUCAUCGAACGCAGCAAAUCGCUUGGGGAGUCGCUCACUGGGAUGACAAAUACGGCGAGGCUUUCUGAGCACGAAAGGUUUUCUGAGCACAUCAAGUUUUUCAGCGGCACGAUUUGUUCGCUGGUCGAAUCUUCGGCUCAGACUGCUUAUUUGGUCGGUGUGUCAGACCGCAGCUCGAUAGCGGGCAGACCGGGACUGGUGGACCAAGCACAAUUCGCCAGGGCUUCGCAAGCGAUCAAAAGGGGCUGCGAGGCCCUGACAACUUCAGCAAGCCCCCAAAAACAAGUCUUAGAAGCGGCCACCGUAAUUGCCAAACACACCAGCGCCCUCUGCAAUUCUUGCAGGGUUGCCAGCUCUAAAACGACCAAUCCGGUUGCCAAAAGGCAAUUCGUGCAAAGUGCCAAGGCGGUUGCCAAUUCAACUUCGGCUUUGGUCAAGGAAAUUAAGGCCUUAGACAAUGAUUAUAGUGAGGAAAAUAGAAAACGGUGCUCAGAAGCCACUAGGCCUUUAUUGGAGGCUGUAGAAGACUUGUGCGUCUAUGCCAGCUCUUCUGAGUUUGUUACAAUACCUGCAAAAAUAUCUUCUGAGGCGAGAGAGGCUCAGAAGCCUAUAGUAAGCGCAGGCAAUUGUUUAAUAGAUAGCGCUUGCGCGGUUAUAAUUGCCGCCAAAAACCUCAUUCUAAUGCCAAAAGAUCCGGUGACUUGGCAACAAUUCGCCAAAUGUUCCAAAGACGUUUCUGAUGCCAUGAAACAUUUGGUUGUCAGUAUCAGAACUUCUGCGCCCGGAGGCAACGAGUGCGAAAAGGCCGCUCAGAUUCUGAGCAACCAUUUGAAAACUUUAGAUGCCGCUUACAUGGAUGCCGUAUCACAAUCGCUACAGCCUAGGAAAACGGCAACGUUGCCAAUUUUCAGUCAACAAGUCGAACGCUCCGCUGCCGGAUUAUUGGACUGUAUUGAGCCUCUGAGGCAAGCGGCAAAAUUUGAAGCUGAAAAUAUCGGACACGUUCUGAGCCAAGCGAUUCAGUAUUUUGAGCCGCUAGUUCAAAACGUCAUCGGUACUGCGUCAAAUAUGACAAACUCUAAGCAACAAGAGCAGCUUUUGAACCAAGCAAAAUCCGUCACUGAGAGCGCCCUGCAACUGAUUUACGCUACAAAAGAUUGCGGCGGUAACGCCCAAGCCAAAACCUGUCACUCUGACAUUGACGAAACGUCAAAAUACGUCAGCGAAGCGAUCCAAGAGCUCCUGCACUCGUUGGAAAUAAUCUCGACUCAGAGCGGCAUUGUUUCGGGCGUGGUCGACAAUCUGACGCGCGCAAUGACGCGUCUGUCAGACCACAGAGCGUCACUUGUCGUUUCUGACAGCGACGAUUACGUCGAUUAUCAGACAAGGAUGGUCGCUUGCGCUAAAGAAAUCGCUAAGUUGAGCGGGGAAACUGCCGCCAAAGCCGCCGCCGAUAGUCGGCAGUUGGCGGCAUUGGGAGCGCGGUUGGCGCAUGCGUAUGCGCGCUUGGCGGGUGACUGUGUCGGAGCCGCGGCCGCCGCUACUAACGGCGAAGUGGGGACCAGGCUUAAAGAGGUGGUCCAACAACUAGGAGGCGCUUGCGUCGACUUGGUCCAAGCAAGCGGCCAGUGCCUCAUUGCGCAGGACGACAUCAGCCUGCGAACGGUGGGCGAAUGUUCUAGAACCGUCAACGAAAAAGUCGCCGCCGUUCUGGCAACGUUGCAAAGCGGCUCUCGAGGUACUCAGGCGUGCAUCAAUGCCGCGUCGACAGUUUCGGGCAUCAUCGGCGACCUGGAAACGACCAUAAUGUUCGCGACGGCGGGAAAUUUGAAUUCCGAACGGGAAAACGAGUCAUUUGCAGACCACCGCGAAAAUAUCCUCAAGACUGCAAAAGCUUUAGUUGAAGAUACGAAAACUUUGGUUGCCGGUGCUGCCAGCACCCAAGAACAACUGGCGGUCGCCGCUCAAAACUCUGUCGCCACAAUCGUUCAAUUGGCCGAGGUUGUCAAGUUUGGCGCUGCCAGUUUGGGCUCGGACAAUCCCGACUCGCAAGUGAUGCUCAUCAAUGCUGUGCGCGACGUUGCCAGCGCACUGGGCGACUUGAUUCAAGCCACCAAGGCCGCUAGCGGCAAACCUGUCAACGACCCGACAAUGACACAUUUAAAAGACAGCGCAAAGGUGCCGGACUCGGACACCGAUUGGUGGAUUUCCGACCAGGAGGAGGAGCUACUGCGCUUGCUCAGCGACAGCAAGGAAAACGUCAACGACAUUGGAGGACAACAAAGCGACAUUGCGCAAUGCAUGGGCGUAAUGGUGACCAAUGUGACGUCACUGCUGAAAACUGUCAAAGCGGUUGAGGAUGAGCACACGCGCGGUACGAGGGCGCUGGAGUCGACCGUCGAGGCCAUCGCCCAAGAGAUGAGAACUUUGUACAGUAGUGAUGGUUGUAGACAAAACGUCAAAGCCGAAGAUUUGGUUAGGUGCACUAAGGGCAUUACUAGCGCCACCGCCAAAUCGGUGGCCGCCGGUAUAAGUAACAAACAAGACGAUAUUAUCGCUGCGGCGAAUUUAUCACGCAAAGCUAUCUCGGACAUGCUGAUAACGUGCAAAAGCGCCGCCUACACGUUGGCGGAAACAGCCGAGCUCCGGCAAGAGACCCUGGCGGCGGGACACGCGUGCGCACAAGAGUACCGCCAACUGCUUGUGGCCGUACUGGAGGGGCAGGCCGAUUUGAAGUCGCUUUUGCCGCAAAUUUCCCGAAAAAUCGCCCAAUCGGUUACCGACUUGGUGGGGGCGGCCAAACGACUCAAAGGUUCCGAUUGGGUGGAUCCCGAAGAUCCUACGGUGAUUGCCGAAAAUGAGCUCCUGGGGGCGGCGGCUUCUAUAGAUGCCGCCGCCAAAAAGUUGGCAAAUUUGAGGCCUAGAAGUGUCAAGGCUCAAGACCCCAACUUGGACUCGAUGAAUUUCGACGAAAUGAUCCUGGAGGCGGCAAAAUCGAUAACCGCCGCCACUUCCGCUCUAAUAAAAGCAGCCAGCGCCGCCCAGCGCGAACUAAUUGACAGCGGCAAAAUGGCGCGCUACCCGAACUCGUCGUCGGACGACGGCCAGUGGUCCGAAGGCCUGAUUUCGGCCGCCCGAUUGGUGGCCGCGGCCACUCACAGUCUAGUGGAAAGCGCCAACGCCCUCGUUCAAGGUUUGGGCAGCGAGGAUAAACUCAUUGCUGCCGCUAAACAGGUGGCUAGUUCUACUGCUCACCUGUUGGUGGCGUGCAAAGUCAAAGCGGAAGGCGACACGGAGGCUACGAGGAGGCUGCACGCGGCCGGUAAUGCAGUUAUCCGGUCUACCGACAAUUUGGUUAGGGCCGCGCAACAGGCUAAACAAGUAGAAGAAGAAAGGUACUUGAUAAUCAAUAGAAGAAUGGUGGGGGGUAUUGCGCAAGAAAUCAACGCGCAAUCCGAAGUUUGCCGAAUCGAGCGCGAACUGGAGGAGGCGCGCAACAAACUGGUGGCCAUCAGACAAGCAAAAUAUAAAUUAAAAGGUUAUGAAACAUCCGGCGACGAAACUGACGGGUACGUCAGCUCGGCACCCGAACAAGAUACACGAUUCACUCACAGCUACGACAGAUCUAACAAGUACGCAAGCCAUUUGGAAAAUCAACAAGGAACCGCCAGCUCGGAAUUCGUCAAAAACCCUUCGUACAAGUACGAGUAUUUCCGUUCCGAGCCUCAGAACAACGAGGAAUUUCAAUCGUCCUUUACGAAAAACGUCGAGUACAUCGACGAGGCUCCGGUGCUCAGAGAUCAGAACACGCUUGAGCAAAAGAUGCUCAGAAAAAGCGUCAGCGAGCAGAUUUUCGAGAAGAAAACGACGACCACCAGCAGGACGACCAAGCAGGAGUCGCAGCUGAAGACUUUUAAGUUUCAAUGAGGCUUUUUUCGUUUUUCAAGUGGUGCUUUAACGCUAUUUUUUGUCUUAAUAAUUAUUAAUUUGUGUCUGUAUAUGUAUUUAGUUAUUAAUAAAUUAAUUAUCUGGUUGA